CCGGGCCUUGAAGGCCAGCCGUGGCAGCGAUGAGAGGUGGCUGACGAGGCAGUUCGAAGCUUUUGUUAAGCAGGCGGGCGAAGUCGAGCUCAUGCACGGAUCCGUCGUGCAGCUGCGUGCGGGGCCUCCGGAGCCACGGCAUCAGGCGACGUCGGAGGCAGCCGACGUCGGCGCCAGCCCAGCGGCUGCUUCCAGCAGCCCGCCAGGCCGUCCACCUGGCGUCAGUAGCAGCUCGGGGACCACGGACCUCUACGAGGGCCUCUCUGACAUCGACGACAUCUAUCAACAGGGCGGCGCGCCUCCAUGUGAGGUGCAGGACGCCGGCCUAGGGGUGUACGAGGUUGACCUGGGGCUUGACGGGGACGGGCAGCUCCUGCCGGACGGCGAGUUCGGCCACGUGAACGGCGUGGGCGGCCACGGCCUGGACUUGUCGAGAGAGGCGCGCCUGCCAGACAGGGUGCCCGUGCAGGUGCGAUUCGCGCUGGGCGCCGCCAGAGCCGAGCUCGGCGACCCCCGCGCGCCUCCCUAUGCGCGCGUCGACGCGCGGUCGCUGAAGGAGGAGAUGAGGGUGGCCGUCGCCUGGCCCGCGAGCGAGGCGGGCGGCUUGGGAGAGGAGCAGGGCGAGAUGACCCGGAGAGAUCAGCUGAGGUCGCUGUGGGCGGCGGUGCCGGGGCUCCAGGCAGUGCCCGACGAGGCCUUCGAGGAGGUCGUGCAGGUUGUCAGCAAGAGCAGACAGGCGAUGCCACUCGACGAGCUGAGGCUGUUCCAGGAGCCGGCCGCCUGCCUGCAGCAGCACCUCCUGGCGCAGCUGGGCUGCCUCCCGCGCGGGCUAGGCAGCGCCAGCACGGCGGCACCAGGGCCGGGCGUGCGGCCGCGGAGCGGUGCGGGCGACCCGUUCGAGGCCUCUGUGCCAGGCUGCGCCGUGCCUGGCGCCGUAGCGAUCACUGGAGCUUCUGGAUCCGGCAAAAGCGAGCUGUGCCACAGGGUGUUUGCGGAGCUCGCGGGCAUGGGCGUGCUGCCGAUCAUCGUCUCCUGCACGGUGCUGAGUCAACCGAGUCGGAAGUUCAAGGUGGUCCAGGAGUGGCUUCAGGAGAUUUUGCGCUUUGCUUGCUGGUACUCGCCGAGCGCAAUCUUGCUUGACGACUUCGGUGCCUUGUGCCCGGACGUGGAGGAAGGAGCGCCGAACCUCUCCGUCACGGAGGAGCGAUCGCCCAUCCUCGCAGAGAUGCUGCUGGAUCUGCUUCCGGAGGUCCGCGCCUCUGGCGCCAGCAUUGCCCUGGCGGCCACGCUGCCGGACGACGCAGCGGUGCACAGGUCUCUCUGGCGAAUGCCAGCGCUUGAGCACAAGGUGCCCCUGCGCCCCCCGCAGCUGAAGGAGCGCCCAGAGAUUCUUCAGGCGCUCUGCCGGCAGAAGGCGGAGGCAUGCUGGGAGGUAGACCAAGAGAUUCUGCAGGAGGGCGCGCUCGACGAGUGGGGCGGCCACGUCGACGGCUUCGGCGUGGCCGACCUGGCGAGGCUGGUGGAGCGCGCGUGCGUGGAGGCCACGGCCGAGUCCAGCGCCAACCUGCUGUGCGGGGGAGGGGAAUGGUCGGGUGCGGGGCAGCGGCUAGCGUUGCGGCACUUGGAGCGCGCGCGGCAGGAGUUUGUGCCUGCGACGAUGACAGACCAGGCCUUCCUCGCCUCGGACACCAAGUGGUGCGACGUCGGGGGGCUCGAGGGCCCCAAGUCUGAACUCCUGGACAUGCUGACCAUGCCAACCAAGUACGCGGUCCUGGUAGAUCGCGCGCCCGUGCGCAUCAAGAAGGGCCUCAUGUUGGUGGGGCCGCCCGGUUGUGGGAAGACGUUCUUGGUGCAUGCGGCCGCAAGCGAGACCAAGGGACUUCUGAGGUUCUUGACGGUGAAGGGCCCCGAGCUGCUCUCGAAGUACAUCGGCGCCUCGGAAGCAGGAGUGCGCCAGGUGUUUGAACGCGCGGCAGCCGCAGCGCCCUCCGUGCUGUUCUUCGACGAGAUCGAGGCACUCGCGCCCAAACGCGGCGCCGACUCCACGGGCGUGACAGACCGGGUGGUGAACCAGAUGUUGACGUACCUUGAUGGCGUAGAGGACAGAGGUCGCGUCUUCGUCGUUGCUGCUUCUGGCCGCCCCGACCUCGUGGACGCGGCGCUGAUGAGGCCUGGGCGCUUCGACCGCAUCUGCUACUGCGGCUUCCCCAGCGCUGAGGAUAAGCUGCAGAUCUGCGAGAUCUUGGCCGCCAAGAGCGGCCUCACCACAGAAGGGCGUGUCGUCUAGAGGCGUCUCACCCAGCGACCUGCGGACGCAGCUGCGUCGGCUGGUGGACCAGAUGCCCCGCCUGUUCACGUGCGCCGACAUCGGGGCCGUCUUCUCGUCUGCGAAGAUCGAGGCCGUGAACGAGGCUCUGAAGUGCCGCGAUGUUGCUGGGGCUGGCACUGGGCUGCAGAAAGCGCCAGCGGUGACCAUCCCGCAGUUGCAGGCAGCGCUGAAAGCCACCAAGGCUUCCGUAUCGGAGGAGGACGAGAGACGUUAUGCCAAGGUGUUUGCGCCGUACAUGCCCGGCCCAGAUCAGAGCGCGUUGCAGCGCAACGGCUCGGAGGCUCAGGCGGGCGUCAAGGUGGCGUUGGCUUGAGCGCAGGCAUCCCCUGGUCUUCUCGGCGUGGGUCAGGCAGGCGAAGAACGGCAUCGCACGAGCGCGAGCGGCUCCCUGGGUCUCCGGCGGGUUGAGGUCGCUCCUCGUCCGCGGGCCGCCCCCAGCCGGCUGCCGCGGGCGCCGUGCGGCCCGGGCGGCCUGCAGCAGCGGUUGCCGCAGCGCUCCACUGGGCAGAGCGGCGCGCCCGCACA